AAACCGAGAAUAAGAAGGUAUUUUAAGAGUAAGUUCAGUUGCUCUAAAUCUAGUAAGCGAUCCUUCUAACUCUGAAAAAACCAUACUUGGCAAUAACUUAAAAAUGAGUCCACAUCUACCCCCAUUAAAGUUAGGAGAACUUCAUUGCGAGUAAGCCUACCGCAAUUCACCCGCCCUUCUUGAUUUGCACUUUGGACUUUAUUAGUCUAUUCCAGAUUUACACAUUUCCCUCAUUUAUUCCGGAAUUUACAUUCCUAUUUUUAAAAUUCCAAAAUGUGUGAUGCGGAGAUUCAAAGAUUGUUAACUCAACUUAAUCUUGGAAAAUACUGUCAGUUGUUUAAAGACAACAAUCUAACCGACGAUUCUUUACAACACCUUCAAAAAGAUGACCUCAUCCACGUCGUUCCAGUCCUUGGUGAUCGGAUUCUGAUAUGGAAUGGAAUAAAUAAGUUGCAGUCUGAUUCGCGCGUCGAAGACGACAAUCAAAGUUUGUUCACUUCCUCAUUGAUAAGCAACCGAGAACUUCUUGAACGAGGACUAAGAUUACCAACCGACAUUCUGCUAUCCAAAAGGGCAGAAUUAUCCUCCCCAUCAUCUUCUAUUACUCAUCAGCAACUACCUUCAAGUCAAACGAUUUUUCUUGAAGUAAUCAGAGAGAACGAACCGUUAAGCCAAAAUUCCACUGCAUCAACUUCAGAUUCCAUAGAAUUGGCCACCACUUCUGGUUCCUCAUUCACAAGACCAGUGGAAUCCAGCCCGAGCGCUCCCAUACAUGAACAUCGAUUUUAUAAUUUCGAUAUUGAUGCGGUUUUGCGAAAAAAUGAUGCAGUGAAGCAUAUACUAUUUCAGAAGAUCCCAGCCAAGAAAAUGGUGGUUAAGGAUGACCGUCAGACCAUCGCCGCCAGUACUGGUGGAUGCUAUCAUUGA